CUUUAGGGUUGGCUUGGCGACACAAUUAUCUCAAUUUCAAACCCAAGCGGCAAGGCAAUCCAGUUUGAUAGAAAAUUUUGUAAAUUUUUAAAGAAAAUUCUUUUAAAUGAAUAAGGAGAUGCAGGCGUUGUUCAGUGAUCCGGCAUUGGAGCGACACUUUACGGGCCACCACGGUGGGAUAACGCAGCUGCGCUUCAGUCCAGAUGGCACCCAAAUCGCCACCUCCUCGAUGGACUCUUCUGUGAUCCUGUGGAAUUUGAACCAAGCGGCGCGAUGCAUUCGAUUUGCAUCACAUUCGGCGGCCGUAAGCGGAGUGGCCUGGUCGCCCAAUGGCAAUCUGGUUGCCUCCGGCGGCUACGAUCGCACCGUUAAGAUCUGGGAGCCUAAGUUGCGCGGCGCUUCUGGAGAGUUUGUGGCUCAUAGCAAGAAGGUACGCAGUGUGGACUUCGAUGCCACCGGUCAACUAUUGCUGACCGCAUCCGAUGACAAGUCGGCCAAGAUGUGGCGCGUGGCCAGGAGGCAGUUUAUAACCUCCUUUGCCCAUCAAAACAACUGGGUGCGCAGUGCCAAAUUCAGUCCCAAUGGCCAACUGGUGGCCACUGUUAGUGAUGACAAAUCGCUGAGAAUCUACGAUGUCGAUAGUGGUGAAUGCGUUCGCACUUUCCCCGAGGAACGAGCGGCUCCAAGGCAACUGGCUUGGCAUCCCUUGGGCAAAAUGAUAGCCGUCGCCCUCGGCUGCAACCGCAUAAAAAUUUUCGACGUAGGCGGUAGCCAGCUGCUGCAAUUGUAUGUGGUUCACUCGGCCCCAGUCAAUGAUGUAGCCUUCCAUCCAAGUGGGCAUUUCCUGCUCUCCGGCAGCGACGACUUUACCAUCCGCAUCAUGGAUCUUCUGGAGGGUAGACCCAUCUACACAUUAACAGGUCACACGGCGGCGGUGAAUGCGGUGGCCUUUAGUCAGGAUGGGGACAAGUUUGCCACAGCUGGUAAUGAUCGUCAGCUUAUGGUCUGGCAGUCGAACUUGCACACAUACGACGCCUCCCAGUUCGAUGCUAGAGCUGCCUUAGCCUCCUCUGGUGGUGACACCAGUGCCGGCACGUCGAGCGUCAGCUUAGGCAGUGACCACUCAGAAUCCAACGACCGCAGUAUUCGAAUCGAUCCCCGUCAGUCCGUGGCCUAUCAGCUGUCGGAGGAGAACUUCCAGGUGCUCGACAGUAAAGGCUCAAACCAGACUCCAAAACGCGCAGCCCAAACCAGCCUUUCUAACCAAAAUGUUCAAUAGCCUUUGAGCUCACAUAACCAGACGAACCUUCCGCAGGUUGUGGACGUGUCCUUCGAAUCUGGCUCAGAGGCCUGCUCCUGUUCUGAGCGGCUAGAAGAGAUCAACAAGCUGUUGGCCCUGAUUGAUGAACGUGUGCGCCGACUAGAGGGCAUUUACUCCUUAUAGCUAACUAAGCGUAUUUAUAUUAUUACUAGCUAACCAUGCGAACUCUGUUCCGCCUUAAAUGCAAUUAAAAAUCUAAUUCGAUGAAAA